AUCAUGGUGUAAAGCGAGGCACCUCGUUUUUUCGUGUCACCAAAUAACCGCCGAUCUAAAAACUCAAUUCCAAAAUUUUCAACUAAAUUUUUUUACCCGCCAAAACGAUUGAGCAAACAUUUAUCAUAAAAAAAUGUCAGUGCGCGUCGAUUCAAUUACCGAAUCACAAUGAAUAAGUGGAAAGAGUGUUGUUAAAUGAACUAGUGAAUUGAAUGCAUUAUUAGACUAAUCGCCAAAAUAAAUGCGCGCCAACUGACGCAAUGCCAGCAGUAAGUGUCUGUGACCCAGUGACCUCAGCCCUCCGUCACUCAUUGGAGGUACAAACAAAGUCCUCAGAGGACAUAGCAGUCUCCCUCGCAAGCAACGCCUCCAGGAUCCUACAGACAGACAUAGACUACGAGGAGACAUCGAGCUACGAUUCAAAGGUGUUGGAGCACUUGAAGGCUAAAUACAUCGUGCUAAGUCUCCCUCAGGAUCACUCGAACCCCGGAAAAGGUCCUCAAUCCUCAAAAAAGCCCAAUGAUGUCAAACGAACGGGUCCCUCCCUGCCCGAGCCAACGACCGUCCUCUACCAACCCAACAAAAUCACCCUCGGAUGGAAGGGAACCCUCCCAGUGGGUUCUGGCAUGUACAAUGUCGGCAACACCUGCUACCUCAAUAGUACCCUCCAAGCCCUGUUCCACGUACCAGCCCUCGUUAAUUGGCUGCUGUCAGAUCCACAUCACACAACAAAAUGCGAGCACAACGAGGGCGGCGGUGAGUGCCUUACCUGCGCAAUGUCCAAGACAUUACAGUUCAGCCAUGAGAAAUCCGGCAACGCCAUCAAACCCUUUUACAUCUACAACAAGCUCAAACUAAUAUGCAGAACAAUGGUGCCUGGUCAGCAAGAGGACGCCCACGAGUUCCUGAGAUAUCUCCUCGAGGGAAUGGAGAGGGCAUAUUUAUCACGUCACAAAGCCCUCAAACUCGACUCGUACUCCAAAGAGACAACACCAAUCAAUCAGAUAUUCGGUGGUUACAUCAGAACUGAAGUCAAGUGUUUACAGUGUCGUCAUGUGUCAACGACAUUUCAACACUUUCAGGAUUUACUCGUCGACAUCAGGAAGGCAAGCUCUCUCGAUGAAGCACUCACUAGCUACUUCAGUCGAGAACAGCUUGACAAUAAUGAUUACAAAUGUGAGGCUUGUAAACGCAGGGUACCAGCUACCAAGCAAUUCAGUUUAGAGAGACCACCGAAAGUUCUCUGUGUACAGCUCAAGAGGUUCAGUGUUAUGGGUGGUAAAAUAUCUCGACACAUUGCGUUCAAGCAGACUGUUGAUAUGGGACCUUAUCUCUGGAGGGAACCCGGUGAAACACCCAGAAAGCUCAAUUAUAAACUCAUGUCGAUGGUUACUCACAUGGGGCCUUCUGUCAAUUGUGGUCAUUACACUGCUGUUGCACAGGUUUCCACUGGACAGUAUUACUCAUUCGAUGACUCGUGCGUCAGGUCUAUAAAUAUUACUAAUGUAUUGAGUACUAAUGCUUAUAUCAUGAUUUUUGAGAUGGAGCCGCAGGGGAAUAAACUACCGAGUCCUCAGCCCAAGUUCAAUGGACUGGGAAGUGUCAGGGGAUUGAGUAAUGGAAAUGGAGUCAAGGCGAUGAGCCCCAAGCCCUCGACUUCUGGAAUUAUCAAUGGAGUUAAUGGUGUUGUCAAGAAGGAAUCGACUCCUGUUAUUGGGCCACAGCUUCCACACAAGAAUAUUCAGAAGAAUUCUUUUAUUGGGCCACAGUUGCCUCCCAAAAUGGUGGAGAAGAGUCAGCCGAGACUUGUGGUGCAUAUCAAGAAUGGAAAGGUUCUCAGUGGAAGUAGUCUGGUGCCCUAUGAUGGAUCUAGUGAUGAGGAAGAGGCUGGGGUACCUGGGAAGAAUGGGAUUGGACAGAAAGGGGUCAAUGGUGGGGUUGGUAAAGUCAAGGAGGUGAAGGAAUUUAAAGAUGUCAAGGAAGUCAAGGAGAGGAUCUUGACGGGUGGGAGGGAGAAGAGGGAGAGGGUGGAGAAGGUCGAGAAGAUCGAGAAGGUGGAGAGGAUGGAGAAGGUGGAGAGGGUGGAGAAGGUGGAGAAGAUCGAGAAGGUGGAGAGUUCUCUUAAUGGAAGGGGCAGUCCCAAGCAGAAUGGCAAGGAGAGAAAUGAGAAUGGGAAGGACAAGUGGUGCCCUAUCAGGGUAAACACUGAGGAAAGGGUUCUCACUAAGGCUGCCAGCAGCAUCAAUGGGUGGGAAGUCACCAAGGAUACACCAUCACCAACUUCUGGAGCUACACCCAAUGGCUGGUCCGUUACUGAUAACAAGGAUGAAAGUAGAAAAUCAAAUCACACGACAUCAGCACCGAGUGCUGCAGCCCCUCGGAGUUUCAACGGUACAAAUCGCUCCGAGACAGUCUCCCAUCUUCUGAAAAUGUCCCAUCGUGGAUAUGGAAGCUCAUCGGUGACGAAUUGGAAUGGAAAUAGAUCUCAUCUGGACCGUGAGGUGGAGAACGAGAGGCGAGAGGAGCGAAAACGUCAUCAUGACCCAGAUGAUGAAGAAAUGGACAGGGGUAGAACGAAGAAAUUAAAAAAUCAUCGUGAAUACGAGGGUAGAUCAAAUCCCGGCUACAAUCCCUUUCAGGAAUAUCAGAACGGCAAAACGUGGAAUCGAGGGAGCAAUGGACCUUAUCAUCGACGUAAUUACUACAACACUUCCAGUCAUAAUCGUCCACGUCACGGUGGUAAUUACAGACAACAGCAGUACCGAUAUCACGGACACAAUCGCGACCACUGGCAGCGUAGAUAAAAUGAUAGACAAUUAAUCAAUUAACGAGAGAAAAAAAAAUAAACAUAGAGGCGAAUGACUAUUUCAUUUCCUCUAGCAAUAUUUAACCUGGGAAUUAGGCAUUGCAUUUUCUAGGACAAUUGUGUACCUUAGGGGGUGGGGGGGAAGGGGGUGAGAUUUGUGUCCUCAACACGUCUUAAUUAUUAUCAAGAAAUAAUUUAAUUUCUAUCAUUUGUCCAGGCAAAUCGCCACAAAGAGGAGAUUUAUUCAAAAUAGCGAUUAAUUUCGAUAAAUUCUCCUCUGGCUUCGAUAAUUUCAAUGAAUUUCAUAUUUUCCAUUUUUGCACCUCGACACUACUGUAAGAAAUAAAAGACUCAACUUGCCAUUAAUGAAGAAGUUCCUUGAACGCCAGACACUUUGAUAAAUUAAAGAAAAAAGCAAACUAUAACACGUUAAUCCGUCCUAAUUCACUAACCAUUGUACCCAGCAGGUGUAUUCCCCUUUGAUACAGAAUACCUAGGCUUUUAUUCAAUGAAAAAACCCGAGAACAGAACUGAAUAUACGAUUUUUACAUUCGUUUCUACGAUAUUAUUAAAUAAUGAUUAAUCAGUUGAGGCAUUAACUGGAUUCGAUGAAUUCGUUGGUGAUAGGAAUUUAAGUGAAUUUUUUUUUCUCAUUUCUCGUGUUUAUCAUUCUUCCCCCGUUCGAGCCUGGUUUUUUAUUGUUAAUCACAAAGAGAAUAAAUUAGGAGACAUUUGACAUAUGGAUUUAUUAUUAUUGUCAUUUUGUUAAUCUCCAGCGUUUACUGAAGCGUUAAAUGCCUAUAGGCGCUUUCAGCAUUAAUGACUAAGCAAUUAUCGUAAGAAAUCGACAAGAGCAAAUAUUAAGAAAAAUAAUGAUUAUUCAUAGGGUAAUGAUAGUUGUAAAUUACUGAAAAAUGAGAGAAAAUGUAAUUUUAAGGGAUUUUCCAAUUGGAAAAGGGGGAGAAAUCGAUGGUGAGGAUAAGGGAUGUUGAUGUACACCGGGGAAUCAUUAUCUGUAAUCUCCCAACGUCAAUUUGUAAUAUUUUUCCUAUGUACCCGAUAUUGAUAUCGAUUGCCCUCGGUGUGCAAUCAUAAAACAUGAUAAAAUCAUUACCUCGUUUUACUGUUCUACGAAUUAAUACUAGCCAAAAAAAAAAUGAAUAAAAUGCGACAAAAUGUUAUAUUAAGUAUAGGGGCUGCGUAAUUAAUUAUAAACGACUAGGAAUUUGUGAAUUUAUGACGUUUUAUUCAGAAGAAAUAAAUUUGGGAAUCGAGGGGUGAGAUUAAAUUAUUUGAUCUUAUUUUGACACCAGUUUUUUAUGGAUAUCUUGAGAUCUAGGGGAGACAGCGAUAUCUCGAAGGGAACUUUUUUGUAGAGAAUUUCGAUACCUAGAAAAAAGGUUCAGAUGAUUUUUUUACUAUCUCUCGUAGAUUUUGAGAUAUUUUGGGAGAAGUGAAUGGUCAACUGAAAUCCUCUCAUCCCUUUUUUACCAAACGACUCAAUCAGUCGAAAUUAAUUGAACAUUGCCGCCAGAAUUGAUUUGUGUAUGUUGCAAUUGAAAUCUCAAUGAAUACACAUUUGUAUAAUUAUUUAAUCUGGUGUAAAAAUCAGAACUGGCUGUUAUAAUAAAAUUGCAGAGAAAAAAUGAAGAAAUUGGAGUG